UAUACAUACACGCGCACACACACAAGUGCUUAUCUCUAGAGUUCCGGCGAACUCACCUGCGAAGCUCGCCGGAAAAUGGACGAGUCGUGGAGGAUGCGAAUGGGAAUGACGACGAAGCUGAACCUACCUCGGAGAAAAUCAACUGAAGAAACGUCAAGGCGAAUGGUUUUCGGUUACUCGGAAACCAUAGAGGCCGACGUCGACUUCAAUGACGUCUUCGGAGGGCCUCCUCGGAGCGUCAUGUGCAGCCGAUUCUCCAGCGACUUCACGAGUUCUACUCUGUUCUACGAAGAGAUUUUCCGGCAGCCGGAGGAUGUGUCUACGGCGAGGAGUGGCCGGAAUUUGCCGGAGUUCAGAAUUCCGGCCAGCAGAGUUGGGGAUCGGAAAAGCGAAGGUUUUUAUGAUGAUAUAUUUGGUUCGGAUGAAGAUUACCGGCGAUCGAGGUCGCGAUCAAAGUCGAAGACGAACUCGAAGUCGACUUCGUCGUCCGUACUGAGUUCGGAGGAUCUCAGUCCUUUCCGGCCGGCGGUCGCCGACGAUGUUGGUUUCUCUGUUUUUGCUUCAAAGCUCAGGCCAAUAAAUGUCCCAUGUAGAUGGAACUCAGCAACAAUGAUGCCCAAGGAGAGCCCAAGGCAACAGAAGAUGGCAGUUUUUUCAUGCAACAGUCCUUCAAAUACCGAAAACCGAUUUGCCAAAAAUGAAUACAAAGAGAAUUUCAGAGGCUCCCAAUUUGGAUUCUUGCGACGAGUUUCCUCCCCAGAGACCAUUACAAUCGAACCUGAUUCAUACAGAAGUGUCAUGGUAUCCAUGGAUGAUCUUGAACUCAAUUCUCCUUCAUCUGUUGUCUCUUCAAUUUGUCAAGACUCAGAGGUCAAAGCCAGUGAAGUUCAAGAAAGGGUGUUGCAAGAAGAAGAAAUGGAACAAGAAGAGGAUGAAGUGAUGAGUUCUUAUGUCAUUGAGAUUAAUCCUGACCAUGGGGAAAGGACAAACGAAGAGCUUGGCGUUGAUGAAGCAAUUGCAUGGGCUAAAGAGAAGUUUCAAACACAUUGUUCCGAGAAAAAUUGGAGCAUUGAACAGCAUAGGAAACAGGAGUGUUUGGGAGCAGAAGAAAGGGCUAAUGCAUAUGGAUUUUCCGCUGCAAAGACAGAUGGAAAUGGAUCAAUGCGAUCUCAACAGGAAAAAGAACCAAUUAAAUGUGCAACAGAAGAAGGAAAACAACAACUGGAAAAAGAUAUGGAAAUGGAGCUAUUGGAUGAAGAUAUAAGAUCGUGGUCAUCUGGAAAGGAAGCAAACAUCCGGCUGCUGCUCUCAACACUGGAUCAUAUUCUAUGGCCCAAUAGUGGCUGGCAUGCAAUAUCCCUAACAAAUCUCAUAGAGAGCUCACAUGUAAAGAAGGCUUACCAGAAAGCAAGACUGUGCCUUCACCCCGACAAGCUGCAGCAAAGAGGUGCGACACUUCCACAAAAAUAUGUAGCAGAGAAAGCAUUUUCAAUCCUCCAGGGUGCAUGGGCUGCAUUUAUCUCCCAAGACGUCUGCUUUAGCUAGAGGGUGUUCAACCCUUUGGAACUCAUUUCAUUAACUCAUAUGAGGGGCACAUUUGGAUAUUCAGAAGGGGCUAUAGGUAGAACGAAGGGUUAAAUAAUAAGAAUUUAUGUUACUACAAAUAGCUCUCGUCAUCUGAAUUCUGUAUAAUACUCUGCUGUUUUACUAUCAAUCAGAUCAAGCUUGUAUAUCAUACGUGUUUUUUCACAAAAUAUCUAGAUAAGUAGUGGAGAUGAAGAUGACAAUACUGAAGCUAUGUUGAGGAGUACCGAAUCAUGUUAGCAAGUUGGCGACCUCUGAUGGCAUUUCACUUGUAAUAUAUGAUUUUUGGAUUGUAUUUCCUAAACUAAAUUACAUAUUUGUUUUUUGUU